CCGCCAUUUUGGUUAUAAUUUGGCGAAAAUAUGUCCAUAGAAGCUCAUCCUGUAACCCAUAUACAGGUUGAAAAUGUAUCUGUUGCAGAUUAUGCCCAAUAUAUCACCCAUGCAACGCCAGUCCAUGUUAUGACAGAUGGCGUCCCAGAGGGCGUCACCAUGACUUUCAUCGAGCACACAGUGCUCGAUGCCAACCAGGUCUUGGAGCCACACCAAACCAUCGAGGUGUACCAAGCCAUUCAGCAGGGUGUCCUAGAGCAGGUUGUGUUGGAACAGCCAAUCAUAGCACAGAUAUCAAAUGGUGCAGCUGAUGUCCAAUCAGAUAUCAAGCCGCCUGUUGGCAAGGGCCCAUUCAACUGUGAACUAUGCGACAAGAUCUUCAAGAAAUGGAACCAGCUGCAGCGUCACAUGAAAUCCCACGAUGAGGAUAAACCAUUUCGAUGUCUACAGUGUCCUGUGUCUUUCAACAUGGAGGACAACCUCAUCCUCCACCAGGCCACCCACGUGGCGGAGAACGGUGUCCCCACAUGUCCGGAGUGCAACAAGAAGUUCUCACGGGUUGCCAGUCUCAAAGCUCACAUCAUGAUGCACGAGAAAGAGGAGAACCUGAUGUGCCCAGAGUGUGGAGACGAGUUUAGUGUACAGAGUCAGCUGGAUCGACACAUGCAGGAACAUCGAGAGGAGCACGAGGGAGCAAGACGGCACGCCUGUCGGCAAUGUAACCAAGACUUCUCCAAACUGUCCCUCCUCAGGGAACACAUGAAACAGCAUUACAAAAUCAAGGCAUCUCUGUCUCAUCGGACAUACAAGAGGAACAUUGAUCGCUCUUCCUUCCAUCAUAAAUGCAAACACUGCACCAAGACAUUUCAGAAGCCCAGUCAGCUGCUGAGACAUGAGAGAAUACACACAGGUGAGCGUCCAUUCAAGUGUAAGAUCUGCAAUAAGGCUUUCAACCAGAAAGGCGCACUACAGAUCCACACCAGCAAACACACUGGAGAGAAACCUCACAUGUGUGAGUUCUGUCCCAUGACAUUUGCUCAGAAAGGAAAUCUGAGAGCGCAUAUACAGCGUGUGCACAAUAUUGCCAAAGACGGAAGUCGACCAGCAUUUGAGUGUGAAGAGUGUAGCUGUGUUUUCAAGAAACUGGGGAGUCUCAAUGCCCACAUCAGCAGGGCACACUCUGACACAUCGGACUUGCCAACUCAGGUAGAGGUGAGACGAGUUGGCGCGGAGGAAGCCAAGAGUCUCAAUGAAACUGUUAUACAACAACUCCUGGAGCUACAUUCGCGCAAGACGCUGGCUAAGUGGUUCUACAACGCCUUAGAAGACGCUCAAGCGCAGCCCUCAACGCUCGAGAAGCCCAGAGCGCCGGGCGGCCAUCACCGCUCUCGGCCCACAGUUCCGCUGGCGAUGUCUUCUCAAGGUCUACAUACACUAGCCAAUCGCCAGUCCGCUCUCCUCAGUCCUCACAUAGAUCUUCUUACAGAUCGAGGUCUCCGACAUACCACCAUACGCCAGAGGAAGACGAUGUUUGACAACAAUACAAAAUCAAUGGCACACAUCAAAACACACUCAGGGAUCAAAGAUUAUGUGUGUAAUGUGUGCAACAAACUAUUCUCCACCCAAGGGAGCCUCAAAGUUCAUGUACGCCUACACACAGGGGCUAAGCCUUUUGACUGCCCUCAUUGUGACAAGAAAUUCCGGACCUCAGCUCAUCGGAAAUCCCACAUCCAUUCACACUUCCGUGAUAAUCCUGACCGACGUCCUCGAUCAAGGUCGUUACGACGGGCACGACAGGAUGUAUCUUUACCUGAAAUACCUCUUCAAGAACCAAUACUCAUUACAGACACAGGUUUAAUCCAGCAGCCGCCUCGAAACAACAACGUGUUUAACCAGUACUUGGGGGAGUCCGGAUCUGUGGACAGACCUUACAAGUGCCACUACUGUCGGCGCUGCUUCAAGAAAUCCAGUCACCUCAAGCAACACAUACGAUCUCACACAGGAGAGAAGCCAUACCGCUGUAACACAUGUUUCCGAUCAUUUGUCUCCAGUGGGGUGUUGAAGGCACACUCUCGAACUCACUCAGGUGUUAAAGCAUACAAAUGUCUUAUCUGUGACACAACGUUUACUACUAAUGGUAGUCUGAAGCGGCACAUGUCCACCCACAGUGAAGUCAGGCCGUUCAUGUGUCCAUACUGCCAGAAAACUUUUAAAACAUCUGUCAACUGCAAGAAACACAUGAAGACUCACAGACACGAGCUGGCCCUACAGGCUCUGCAGAACGAGGAGCAGACGGUCACGGAAGGGGAGACCCAGUGUGUCGGGGAUACUGUGGUUAACACAGAUGACCUAACACAGCCACAGACAACUGCUGACCUGUCAGCUCUACAGCAGGAUGACAUAGGACACACUACCACCAUCACGCAGCAAGAGUUUGUCCCAGUCACCAGCAUCUCACAGGACCCUGGUGCCGUGCUUAGUCAGGCCACAUUGCAGGAUCUUACCGGAACAGUCAUUGAUCAUCAGUUACAGCAGACGCUCAGUCAGCAGGUGUUUGGCCAGCAGCAGAACUUUGGCCAGGCUUUCCUAAAUGGUCAACAGGGCUUUGGUCAGCUCGGUCAGACUGUCACCACCUCCCUGAACAGCCUUGGUGGUCAGCUCACAAAUCAACUGACAACUCCUUUGGGAACCCAAGUGACAAAUACACUCAACAGCCAGCUGAGUGGUCAGAUGACAUCCUUGACCAGCAACCAGCUGAUGAUGCAGCCCCAGACCCUGUCCAAUCAGAUGGAAAUACAACAGGUCAGCCCGGCGUUCUCCGUGGCCACCCCGUCAAUGUCCACCACCAUGCCCAGCACCAGCAUGCAGAACAUUCUGGAGACAAGGGAGGUUGAGGAUGUCUCUGAAGACCAGCUGGUGGAGGAGACUGAUGAAGGGGAGGUAAUCAUUGGCCAGGAUGACCAGUCAGAUGGCAAGAGGCUGUACAUGUGUGAAGUGUGUGAGAAGUCAUUCAAAAAGUCAAGUCACCUGAAGCAGCAUGUUCGAUCUCACACAGGUGAGAAGCCAUUCAAAUGCCCAGAAUGUCACCGAAUGUUUGUAUCGACGGGAGUGUUGAAGGCACAUAUGAAGACCCACCUGGGUAUCAAGGACUACAAGUGUCACAUCUGCCAGGCCACAUUCACCACCAACGGUUCUCUCACUCGCCACAUGAUGAUCCACAGCAGCCUCCGCCCCUUCCGCUGCCCCUUCUGCAACGAGACAUUCCGCACCGCAGUCCACUGCAAGAGACAUAUGAGGGUGCAUCGAGAUGGCUCAGGGGCAGUACCACCAGACAGUGUGCCAGGGGAUGAGGAAAACCAAGCACCUGCUGCCCGCCGCACCAAAGCCAGCAUCCAGAUCACUGAAGACCACACAGAAGAGCUGUCCAAGAAUCCUGAGGAUGAAUUGUCUGUAUCGGAGAAAAUACUUUUAGAGUCUGCAUCAGAAAAGGACAGAGUUAGUGAGCAAGAGAAACCGAUUCCCCAGAUGCACCACUGCAAACACCCACACCAGUGUAACCACUGUCCCAAGAGUUUCAAGAAGCCCAGCGACCUGAUGCGACACAUUCGCAUACACACAGGAGAGAAACCUUUCCACUGCGACAAGUGUGGCCGGUCCUUCACUGUCAAGUCUACACUAGACAGUCACAUGAAGACGCAUGGACCAGCACAAGGUGACAAGAAGUUCAAGUGUCAUGUCUGCAGCUCCUUGUUUUCCACGAAAGGCAGUUUAAAGGUCCACAUGCGGCUCCAUACAGGAGCCAAGCCAUUCAAAUGUCCUCACUGCCAGGGCAGGUUUCGAACAUCUGGACACCGCAAAAGUCACAUUCUGUCUCAUUUCAAGCAAGACUUACCCAAGAAACGAAAAGUUUCACGCAGUGUGGACACAUCCCAUAACUUCCCCGUCACAAUGGUCAGUUCUUCGGAGGUACCAGUGCAGGCAGGAGUUCCUCAUCAAGCAAUGUCCAGUCAAGUGGUCAGUGUUGACCCAUCAUUACUUCAGACACAGAGUAUCGUGCCCAUCUCGUUCACAGUCCCAGAGAAUCUGACGUCGCUCAACGAGAGUCAGCUUGCUACACAAGUAUUACAAGGCCUGGAGGGUAUCCAGCUUCAUUUUACCUCAGGGCUAGGCCAGGGGAUUCAGAUUGCUGGUCUGGAUCCAAACAUUCUGUCUCAAACUGUCCAGAUCGAUGCUAGUCUACUGCAGCAGCUACAGCAACAGGGUAACAUCAACAUCACCAUCAACCCCAACGUCAUCACACAACAGGUGCAAGCUCAGGAUCCUAACGUCAUCACACAAACUGUACAGGCCACAGACCAGGGUCUGUUGACACAGACUGUUCAGGCUGAUGGAACCGUCCUGCAGCAGGCUGACCCUAACAUCAUCACACAGACAGUUCAUGAUCCCAACCUCAUGCAGAAUAUCCAGAUACAGCCAGUGUCCUCACUGCAGGACACAGUCAACCCCAAUGUGAUUGUCCAGCCCAUGUCCAGUGUUGCUGUCACGCAGGUAGAUGCACAGCAAGCUCUACAGGCUCAGAACAUCACCCUACAGGCUCGGCCAGAUAUGGCUGGAUUUGUAGUGCCCGACCAUAUGGAUGUACAGGUUUCUGAAGUGUCUCAAAUGGUUGUUGACCAAGACCAAUCUCUGCUGAGCGACAACAAUGAUGAUGAUGAUGAUGAUGAUGAUGACGAUGACUACAAUGAUGAUGAUGAGGAAGUGCCGCUUGACGAUCACAACUCAACCAUUGUCCAUGAUGAAGACACUUCGUUAGACUUCCCCCAAGCCAUGCCUAUACAUGACGAGAAGUACUCCCUGCAGAGGAACCACAUAUGUGGGGUAUGCCAUAAAGCAUUCAAGCGAUCCAGCCACCUGAAGGAACAUCUGACCACACAUGCGCCAGGCUCUAUUCCCAAGAAGGUGAAACCUACUCCACAUCGAUGUCAGACUUGUGAUAAGGCUUUCCAGAAACCCAGCCAGCUGAUGAGGCAUGAGCGCAUACACACUGGUGAACGGCCAUACGUGUGUCAUCUAUGUGAAAAAGCUUUCAACCAGAAGAACGCCCUACAGGUGCAUCUGAAGAAGCACAGCGGUGAGCGACCUCAUCUCUGUAACUACUGUUCCCUGUCCUUCACACAAAAGGGCAACUUAAAGACACACAUCAAACGUGCACAUCACCUGGAGAUGGUGCAGUCGAUGAACCUGCCGCACAGCUUCGUCCCAGCAGCCACCAGCACCAUCAGCAUCACCUCAGCACCACCCAACACAGGCGAUGACGAGGGAUUGGACCUCUCUGAAGUUGUUGAUCUCUUUCAACAAUAGACACACCUUGAAUCUAUGGAGCAAUAUUGACAGUUCUGUGCACAUGUUUACAUGUUGUUUUGAACAAAGACCUGUAUCUGAACGUGUUAUUUGAAAUGGAGCAAUGAUUUACAGGUCUAAAAGACUAUGAAUCAGUCGAAAUGGAUGUUGUGUAAGAAAUGUCGGAAUACCCAUGACCAGCCUUGAAUUAGUGGAGGUGUAACGUGUGUUACUCAGCAGCUCUUUGAGAGUUUCAAUCUGUUUGUCGAAGCGGUGCUUAAAGACUUCGCGGCAAAGUCUGGGUUAAUGCCCAUUAUGAGUGGACGAUGAUGAAAUGGAAUAAAAGAUCAGUUAAUUUUGGUUUACAAGAUGCUUGUCUGAAAAUAUGACAAAUCACCUCAGGCAUUGAAUUUAGCCAAUCUGGUAAACCUGACAUUUUAAGAAUUAUAAAUCUUACAGGGAGGGAUGUUUUAUCGUUUUUGCAGGAAAACCAAUGAUAUGUCUGAUUGUGUUUGCUUAUUUCACCAGUGCCAGGGAAACUUGCUUCUUCCUUGUUACAGCCUGACAUUGAUGUUCUUGCCACAAGCAUGGACUGACGCACACUACACAUGUGCGUCGUUCAUGGUUUAAGUGAUGUCACUAUGCUCAAGUCAACCAUACGUUUAUUACAAGCAUCUUUCUGUCUACAUUAGUAGUGACAAUGCUGUAUCUUAUGUAACCAUUACGCCAUUCUCAUAAAGCUACUAACUUGACUGAUAGCUGUGUGAUCAGUUGUCAUCCUGGAUACUGUAACCUUGAUCUCAGCAUGGCGACGCACAUGAAAUGAUGAAUUUUUUCUUGCCACUUCAAACUGAAUUUCAAACAUGUGGUUAUGUUUUUCAUGAUUUCUCUUUGUAAGUAAACAGUAAGAUUAUUUGUCAUGUAUCUGUUCCAUUACUGAAUCUGAAUCUUAUCAGCUGAAAUGUAUACACGAUGCCAUUUAGAAACUGGUCAAAUGUAACAUGUUAUGUUUAGGAUUACACUUUCUUAGUAAAGUUACAGAUUCUAGUACUUUUGUUGGGUUGAAUUCC